AUGAGACAUGCGCCCCGAUGCGGUGACUCGCAGCAGCCUCCCGUGCGGCCCCUCUUGCCGGCCGGCCAGGCUGCCGUGGCCGCUCGGCCCGUCGGAGCCUCUCCUCGAGGCUGUCAUGAUCUGACCGCCCGGGGCUCGUUCGACGAGAUGGACAACAAAGAGGAGCUGGAGGAGAGGUUGAGGAAGCUCCUGGUCAGGCUCAAGAGCCCCCAGGAGGACAGGCAGCUUUGCACGCUUAUUCAGAUCCUGCAGGAUCUGCUCUUCCUGUCGCGCACCGACCAUGCCUGUCAGCUAUUUGCAGACAAAGAUAUUCAAGAGCCACUUAUGGCUGCACUGUUGUCCCACAUUGAAAGCAGAGGAGUUCAGCAGGUGGGCUGGUCACUGUUGUGUCAAUUGCUGGAAAUACGUCCAAGUAUGCUGGAGGACAUGAACACACCUCACCUGCACAUUUUCAGAGUUCUCUCACAGUACCACUCUGACUGCCGAGUAACCACAGUCGCGCUCCGAUGCCUGGCGCUCCUUCUCCGCUCAGACGCCAUCGCUCUGCUGCUGCUGGAGGAGGUUGAGGAAGACGUGUUCGGCCUGGUGGUGCAGGCCAUGAAGUCUUUCGCUUCCAACGAGGAGGUGCAGCUCCAAGGCUGCCGAGCUCUGCGGGCGCUCCUUCAUCUAGUGAGGGAUGAGCAUUUAAUGGCGUUCGUGGAGAACCAAGACCACGUGGCGGUUCUGGCCGUCCUGCACGGGUUCCCGGGGAACCCCGAGCUGCUGCUGCAGGCCAUGAAAGUUCUCCUCCCCCUGUCCAGACCCAGCAGCAAUGUGGAAAUGUUGAUGUCCGGCAGCGCUCGCUGCUAUUCUGCGCUCAUCUCGGCCAUGGAUGCCUUCCCUCAAAACGAGGAGCUCCAGGAGACAGCGUGCUGCCUGUUCCGAAGGUUCACGUCAGAGAGCUACUACAACAUCCUGGUGCUGAACGGCGUGGCCCGGGCGGCGGUAAGGGCCUGUCAGACAUUCCCCCACAAUGCCACGUUACAAGCCGCCGCCCUCUCCUGCCUGGCAGACCUCACGUCCAGCAUGGUGGAGAGCCGAGCGGCGGCAGAGCAGGGCUUGGAGGACGGCGAGGCGGAGGAGAACCGUGGGGGUGCCUCGGGAAACCUGGACUUGGACCUGGGCUGGAUGGGGCUCUGCUGCACGGCGCUGGAUCUCCACGCCGCAGACUCGCACGUUCAGGAAGCUGCAUGCUGGGCCAUUCACAGUCUGUUGGUGCACGGAGCUCCAAGGAGUCAGCUGGAAGAGGAACAGGAUGAUCGGACUCCUGUUCACAGACAGCUGAUGGCGGCCAUGUUGCUUCACUCCUCCUCGCCCCGCGUCUUCCAGGCUGCCACGAGUGCCAUCGCCACACUGGUCACACGAAAUCCGAAGAUGCGCUCCACGCUGCUGUCCAGCGGCCUCCAUGUCAACGUGGCGGAGAUGAUGAAGAGGCACCCGGCUUCGGUUCGGGUGUCCGUCAACGCCUGCCGCCUGCUCGGCCUCCUCUUCCGAGGCCGGACCGCCGGCCUGGAUGAGCUCAACAUGGCCGUGGGUCAAAUCCUGAGUGUCAUGAAGGUCCACAACUUUCAACCGGAAGUUCAACUGGAGGCCCUGCGAGCCAGCUUGGUCUUCCUCUGUCCAGACCGGAGCUUACGAGAGCACGGCUCCUCGGUGGCGGACCCCGACAUGGCCGACGUGUCUCUGAGAGUCCUGAAGAACCAGUGUGUGGUCGAAGGUGCACACACCGUCUACCUGGAAGUCCUCAACAGGUUCAUCAGGUGUCCGAACAUCCAGUUGUGCGGCUUUAAGGUGCUCGCCUCCCUGGCCGACUGCUCAGGUGCAGUGGAUCUGCUUUGCCAGCAGGGGGCCAUCGACACGGUCCUCCACACGCUGCAGAUGUUCCCACAGGAUCGAGAAAUUCACUACUGGGGUCUGACCCUGCUCAGCUACCUGGUAUCCAAGAAGAAGCUCUCCAGGAUGAUCGUUCCUGUACUAGCUUCAGUCCUGGUGGCCUCACUGGGCGAGUACAAGGAGGAUUAUGACCUACUGCUCAAGUGUUUCCAGGUGGCGCUGAGGAUGCUGGACGCUUGUUCGGGAUCGGCUGUGGAGCUCCAACGGGAAGAUUUUGAUCGGCAGAUAUUCCAGCACCUCCGAGACUCCGACGUUCCCGAGCGCGGCAAGAAUCCGCUGCGUCGGUCAGCGUGCUUGGCUCUGUCCAAGAUGUGCGCCAACUCGGAGCUUCACUACAGGAUGCUGGAGAAAGCGUGUGAGGACGGAAACACCGUCAUGGCAGAGUGUCUCAUCGAGCUCGGGGCCGACGUCAACAGGAAGACCAAAACCGAGUCCCUCAUCUACCAGGUGUGUGAAAAGGGAGGCCCACUGGAGUUGGUGGAGCUGCUGUUGAGCCAAGGGGCCCACGAGCAGCACCUCCGCCGGGCCCUGGCCGUCAGCGUGAAACGCGCAGACGGGCCUAUGGUCAUCCAGCUGCUGGGCCGUCUGGGCCUGGACCUCAACAACAACGCUUUGUGCCUGGGUGGUUUUCGCCUGGGCCGUCUGGAUGCUGCUUGGCUCUGCCCCCUGCUGGCCCAGAGAGGCAGAGCGCAUAGUCUGCGUUACAGCACAAGUAAAGGAGCUAGCUUGGCACGCUACAUUCUGUCCUUGCAACGCUCCAGGACACUGGGAGCUCCUCUGAAGUCUCCGGGGGAGCCCUGCCUGACGUCUGGAUACAUGUCUGACGAGAGCGACGACUCCAGCUUCAGCUUCUUCUCCAUGGAUGAAGGCCUCUUCCUUGACGACAUGGAGAGUGACGGGAGCGAUUCACUGACGGGGGUCUCCCUGAAACCCCACAACAACUCCACGGAGGAGUUGAGGGGGAGUUCAUUCAAGAGGAACCACGGACGCCGCAGACACGCCAGUGCGGAGAGUGGUCCGAUAGACGGCGAGCACAACGAGCACGCGCACAGACGAUAUGGAAGACACCAAAAAACGUUUGGGUCUCUGGAGAGCUCAUUGGUGUUUCCCAAGGAGAAAGAGAAGAUCCGCCUGCUGGACCUGUCGGGGAACGAAUUGGACUGCCUGUUGUGCCUGAUGGACCACGGCCCGGUUCAGCAGCAGCUGGCUCACCUUCUGAGACUGGACCUGAGCCACAAUGUUCUUCUGGAGUUCCCACCUGGCCUCUGUCAGAGUUUGAGCAGCCUGACCCGAUUGGACCUGCAGGGCAACCAGCUUCAGUCGCUUCCGGCGGAGCUCCUCGCCUUGCCGUCGCUCGCCACGCUCAACGUCUCACGCAACUGCGUAGGCCCGCACCUCGCUUUGGAUGCGACGGCCGUCUGUCCGUCGCUGCGGCAGCUCAACUUGUCCUUCAACAAGCUGACGACCUUCCCGCACCAGAUAGGCCGCGUCGCCGAGCACCUGGAGGAGCUUCUCAUGGAAGGGAACAACGUGACCGAGCUCUCCGUGCCCCCGUCGAACCUCCCCGAGCUCAAACUGCUGGACGUGAGCAAGAACGCCGUGACCAACAUCUCAUCCAGCUUCUUGGCAGGCUGCCCAAAGCUAGAAAUUUUCAGCGCCUCCUCCAACAAAAUAGGUUUCUUGGAACAGCUGCCGCCAAAGCUCAUAACACUGAAACUUGCCAACAACAAUUUCGCUGGCGUUUCCGAUGCCAUCCUCCGCCUACCUACCUUGAGAUCGGUAGACAUGAGGACCAAUCAGAUUGCGGUAUUACCGGGCCCGAGCUCGUGGGUGUCCAGUAACCUACGCGAGUUGAUGUUCAACCACAACCUCAUCGGCGAGCUGGAUUUAAGCGGGCCCGUCCACAAGUGGACCCGACUGGAGAAGCUGCACUUGAGUGACAACAAUCUCGUUGAGAUCCCACCACAGGUGGGUCUGCUGGAGGGUCUCACUUCAUUGGACGUGAGUCGCAACUCAGGCCUACGCUCCUUUCCCGACGAGAUGGGCAGGCUGGGCCGACUGUGGGACCUCCCGCUGGACGGCCUGCGACUCCAGCUGGACCUCAAACUGAUCGGAAGCAAAACCAAGGACAUCGUCAGGUUUCUCCAGCAACGUCUCAAGAAGGCCGUCCCGUAUUACCGGAUGAAGCUCAUUGUGGUGGGGAAUGCCGGCAGCGGGAAGAGUAGCCUGAUCCAUAAGCUGAUGAAGAUCAAGCGUUCGCAGCAGUCCUCCUUCAAACGGACGGGCGGCGCCAGCGUGGACGUACGAGACUGGACCAUCAGGGAACGGGACAAGAAGAAGAUGGUGCUGAAUGUCUGGGAUUUCUCAGGUGGCGAUGAGGUGUGCGGCUCGCAGGCUCAUUUCCUCUCCUCCAGAGCGCUCUACCUGGUGGUCCACGACUUGAGCAGAGGAGCCCAGCAGCUGGAUGCGCUCAAGCCCUGGCUCUUCAACAUCAAGGCGGUGGCUCCUCACUCCCCGGUCAUCCUGGUGGGAACGCACAUCGACGUGAGUGACGACGUGGCCUUCCAAGCCUGCUUCAACAAAAUCCGCGAGGAGCUCCUCAAGCAUCAGGGAUUCCCGACCAUCCAGGACUACUUCACCGUGUCGGCCUGCGAAGACUCGGACACCCUCGUUCGACUGCGCAAGGCCAUCGCUAAGGAGGCCACCGACUUCAAGAUCCAGGGUCAGCCCGUGAUGGGCCAGCUGGUUCCCGACAGCUACGUGGAGCUGGAGCGCAGGCUUCUCCAGGAGAGGAACAGGGUUCCGAAGGAGUUCCCCGUCCUAAUGCGACAACAGCUGCUGGACCUCAUCCAGGAGAGUCAGCUGCCACUGGAGGAGGCGGAGCUUCCCCAUGCCAUCCAUUUCCUCAGCCAAGCUGGGGUCUUACUGCACUUUGAUGAUCCCACGCUCCAGCUUCAGGAGCUCUACUUCAUCGAUCCACAGUGGCUCUGCAACGUCCUCUCGCAGAAACUGACCCUGAAGGAUGGAUGGAAGCAUCAUCAAGGAGUGCUUCAGCGCUCAGCGGUGGAAAACUUUCUGCUGGAGACCAAAUGUUUCCCCGCCAGUCGUGCUGUGCACUACUUGAAACUUCUGGAGAAGUUCCUGAUCGCUCUGCCCUUUGGACAAGAUCAACUCCUUGUGCCCAGCAGUUUAGCAAAAGACAAGCCGAGCAUUGAGCUACCUCAUUGCGAGAACUCGGAGGUGAUCGUUCGAGAGUACGAGAUGCCGUACUUCCCGCCCGACUUCUGGUCGAGACAGAUCGUCCGCUUGCUGGAGGUCUCGGCUUAUUUGCUCUACGGCAGAGAGAAAGCGUGCCCGCCUAAAAAAGUGUGCUGGAAUCGAGGCGUGCACCUAAGCUGGUCCAUUGAGGUCUACUGCCUGGUGGAGGCGGCGCGGGAAGAUGUCUCCGGCGUGCUCCGGAUCACCGUGCCCUGCUCGCGGAAAGGACGGGUGCUCCUGGGCCAGGUGGUGGACCAGGUGGACUCCCUGCUGGAGGAGUGGUUCCCGGGCCUGCUGAGCACCGACGUGCACGGCAGCGGGGAGGCUCUCCUGAAGAAGUGGGCUCUCUACAGCUUCCAGGACGGUCACGAGUGGAGCAAGAUGCUCCUAGAAGACCUCUUUGCACAUUUCGACCAGGACUUUCUUCUGGUGAACCCCGAAGACCCUCGCUGUACCAUUCCCAUCUCUCAGGUCGCUCCGGACGUGGUCCUGAGCGAUCAGCCGGCUGGGACUACCUUGGACAGCGACGAGCUGCACGUGGACCUCUCCAAAGCCAACCUCCUUGGCGACGGCGGCUUUGGCACGGUCUACCGAGGCAUCUAUAAGAAUGAAGAAGUGGCUGUCAAGUUAUUCAACAAGCACGCCUCAGAACUUUACAUCUACAGACUCCUUAGACAGGAGCUGGUGGUGUUGGGUCGCUUGCGCCAUCCCAGCCUGGUGGGCUUGCUGGCGGCCGGCUCGUCUCCGCACGUCCUGGUGAUGGAGCUGGCCAUGCGAGGCUCCCUCGACUCCCUGUUCCAGCACAAGACAGGAAGCCUGAACCUGAAGCUCAGGCACAGGAUCGCUCUGCACGUGGCCGAUGGACUACGGUACCUCCACUCGGCCAUGAUCAUCUACCGCGACCUGAAGCCUCACAACGUGCUCCUGUUCAACCUCAAGACGGACGCCGACGUCAUCGCCAAGAUCACCGACUACGGCAUCGCUCAGUACUGCUGCAGCAUGGGCGUCCGCAGCUCGGAGGGCACGCCAGGUUUCCGCGCACCCGAAGUCGCCAGAGGGAACGUGACGUACAACCAGCAGGCUGACGUCUUUUCGUUCGGGCUCCUUCUCUACGACCUGCUGACGGCCGGCGAGCGUAUCUGUGACGGCGUCAAGUUCCCCAGCGAGUUUGACGAGGUGGCCGUGCAGGGAAAGCUACCAGAUCCGGUGAAGCACUACGGCUGCUCCCCUUGGCCUGACUUCCAGGCUCUGAUGAAGGAUUGCCUGAAGGUUAACCCUCAUGAUCGACCCACAUCUGCUCAGGUGUUCGCCCGGCUCAACUCGGGCGAAAUGUUGUGUCUGAUGAGAGAGAUGCUGCUAGCCAGGCAUGUGGAUGCCGAGUGCGUAACGGUGAGCGCUGCCACCGCCUGGCUGGGAGGGGGGAGCAGCACACAGAGGACAGGAACCGUCACCUCAGUGGACCUGGACGGCAACCAGGUCACCACGCAGGAGAUCGACAGCAGUCCCGUUUUAUCCCUGGUGACGGUCCGGAUCCCCGGCGAGACUUCCGAUUGGCUGGUGGCCGGCACGCAGUCGGGUUCCCUGGUAGUUCUCAGCGGCGAGAACGCGUCCACGUGGUACCGCUUGAAUAACGUCACUGACGCCGUCACCUCGCUCUACUUUCACGUCAAUCCUCCACGCCUGCAAAGAAAAAACUACUUGCUGGUUGGCACGGCUGACGGCCUCCUCACCAUUUACGAAGAUUCUGCUCUCAAGGAGUUUGGUCAGCCGGUGAAGUCGCUGGUCCUGGGUACCGUCAACACUCCCGUGGUGUGCUUAUGCUCGUCGUCGUACUCUCUGGACGGUCGCUGCGUUUGGGCCGGCUGCGGUACCAGGAUCCUGUCAUUCAGCGCCGACUACGACGUGAGCCGGAACGUGGACACCCGCAACGCCGUGACGCUCCCGCAUCAGCCCAGAGGCGAGGCCAGCGUGUGGCGGAUGGCGGUGGAUAAAUACGUGUACCUCAGCAAAGCCGGCAUGGCCACCGUGGAGGUUUGGGACAAGAGGACCGAGCGUAUGGUGGACUGCAUUGACUGCGCGCAAAUGAUAAGACGCGGUUCCGACGGAGGGGGCGAGGCGGUUGAGCCCGCCGACGGCUCCCCGUCUUGGGCCCGGUGGGCGCAGGUCAAGUCCCUGCUGGUCGGGCAGAGCACUGCCACGCUUUGGGUGGGCACCCGAGGGGGCCACCUGCUACUUCUGGACUUGGGUAACAAGCACCACACCUUACGGGUCAUCCCACCGAGAUGCCACUCGCUACGAUGCGUCGCCUCGGCAUUCAUAGAGACGCAAAACUGGAAGAACGUGGUGCUGGUGUUGGGCAGAAGACUCCCGCAGGACAAGAGCGAGUGGGACGCCCAGUCGGUGCUGAUGGUGUGGAACAGCACGAUGCCCUCCGAAGUUAAAGAUUUGAAGAAACACCUUGAGAGGAGAGAAAACAUUGCGGCCAGGUUGAGAGAACAGCUGCACAGCCAUGACUGAACGCAAAGAACGUUGGUGGGAAAGGGAUUAAGUUUGACCUCAGUGAGCUCUUGAAAGAAAGAGGAACCUUAAAUUCCAAAAGAUUGAAGAGUCAUGUUGGAGAAAAUGAAGAUGAGAGAUUGAUUUUAAAGGGACACAAGUAUUAUACAUCAGGGCCCAUGAGCAACAAUUGCAUUUAAAAAAGAAAAGAAGAUACACACGAUGCUAAUUUCAAGUCAUGUGAUCAAUUUCAAGUCAUGUGAUCAUCACUCAAAUGAUUGACACUGCACAAUUUUUUAUUAUAAUGGUUCCUAUCUGUGGUUUACAUUACACGCAAGUGUAAGAAUAACUUUACAAUUGUCAUAUUUAGAACAGACCAUGGAGUGGUCACAAUAUUAUUUCAUUAAAUGUUAAAAUAAACUAUUUGAAAUUUUCA